AUGAAAACGUUUAGCAGGAGUAGUGGUGUGUAUGCAAGUAACUUAACUGAGAAUGGCGCGAAUUUAAUAGGCAAGAGUAACAAAACCAUUGAGCAAAUAAAAAAUAAGUACAAAAAUGACAACCUUUUAAAUUACGCCAGCACAGAUAACGAGCGCGUGGACGGACGAAGGGGAGAAAGGGAAAGAGACCCCCUCACGGAAACGGAAGCGGAAGGAGAGGCAGAAGCGGAGGCGGACGCGGAAAGAGAACGAGAACGAGGAAGCGAAGACGAGGAGGGAGAGAUAGCCGAAGCGGAAGAGGAAGCCGAAGCGGAAGAGAGGGAUAAAGAAAAAGUAAGCAGUCACCACUCAUACCGAAGUAGCAAACGCGCUAACGGCGCUAAAAAGGGCUCUAUGCAAAAUGGAACAAAUUUCAUCGAUAAGUACAAACAGUUGUUUACAAAAAGUAGUGAACCGAAUGGGAGAAUUAGGCAACAGUCAAACAGCAAUGACAAGUCGGCAGUAAAGCGCAGACUGUUCGACAGAAAUAGCUCCCAUACAACGAAUAGAAGCCACCUUCUAGCAGAUAACGCGAAAAGGGAUAACUAUUAUAACUUUAAAAAUGAGCGUAGCAAGCUUCAUAAUAAGGCACCUAGUUACAGUUCCUCCAACCGGAACUGCAGUGACGCUGUUAGUUCAAAGAGGAAGUUUUAUGCACUUGGAGAGAUAAACACAAAUAGGCAUGUGGACUUGGAGAUGUACGAGUCACUCUACAGAUCUAACAAAAAGCACACACACAGUAGGCAGGGCUCCGAAAAUAUUCACAAAUUUUCAGGCGCGGACGCGAAAGAAAAAGAUAACGACAAUGCAGUUUUGGGCAGCUGCGAAGAUAUAAAGAAAGAAGACGAAAAAAUGAAUAAUUACGAAAUGUACAAAGACAAUAUGCAUGAUGGAGACUACAUGGACCAUUUGAAGGGAGCAAAAAUGAAAAACAUGUUCCUCAGAAAUGAAGACCUUAAGAGAAACAAUGAAGACAGUAAUGAGGCAAAUUUCAACUUCCCCUACAGCAACAGAACAUACAAGGACCAUCUCGCGAACGAUCACCAAAUGGCAUUUAAAAAUAACAUCAGGUACACCUCAGCAGCUAUGGAAAUUCCAAAGCAUAGCAAUACCAAUAAAGUAGAUCUGAACAUCUUAUAUAAUAAUAACAUAGAAAAGUUGAAUAGCAAUUUGUCUGCUUAUAACGACUCAAAUAAGCUAAUCGAGUUGCAGGAAAAGUAUAAAAAUAAUUUCUUGUACGAAAGGGAGCUCCCGAGUCAUGUUCACGACGUGAAUGAAAGGGCGAGCAGCAAGACGAGGAAGGAUCAUGGCGAGAUGUACUCCAACCACGCGGGGAACAGCGGUGUGGUGAACAGCGGUGUAGCGAACAACGGUAUGGCGAACAACGGCGUAACGAACAACGGUAUGGCGAACAACGGCGCAGCGAACCACACCGUGAGCAACAGAAGCACGAGGGAGGAGAACUUCCCAGGCGAGAAGAAAGGCUCCGCCGAAAGAGAGUCCCAAAUGACCAACCGGUAUAACUACAACAGCGACGCCAGACAUAAGGCAGCCACCAACGAGAGCGACGUGAGUAGUAGGAAGCAAAAAAUUUUGGAAAAUCUGAUGAACAUUAGCAAAAAUAGCGAUGAAGAGAGAAGCAGAUCCAACGCAAGAUUGAAUAGCCUGAAGAAACAUUACGCAGAUAAUACCUUUUACAAGAAUAAAAAUGCUCUGCACUUGGAUUAUAAGAACUCUCAGCACAGACGAUCGAGCUCGACGAACGUGAAUCUGGGGAGACACGAUGUAGACCGAGUUAGCAAUUAUGUGGGUUACGCUGAUGACACGCAGGCGAAGGUGACCUACUACAACGAAAGGGAGUCGGGCCCCAUUUCAGGUUACGAAAAAUAUUUGCAGUUAAAAAACGGCAACAGUAAUGGCCUUUUGUCGAGGAAUGGCCCAGGUGACCCAGGCGCACACGAGUCGUCGGGCGCCAAGCCCAGCUAUGAGGCAGCACAGGCAAGUGCUCAUGGAGGUGCACACGACGCUAUUCAUAUGAACGGCAAUACCGCCGAUGAGCAGCGCAGCGCCAGCCACGCCGCUAACCAGAAGAGCAGUCACGAGGUGGGCGGCCUGAGAAACUUUGACCUGAAUGAGCUGCGGAAAAGGCACAUGGGCAAUAUAGGCGGCGUGGGAAACGUGGGCAAUGUAAGCGGCAUGGGCAACGUGGGCAACGCGAGCAACAUGGGAAACAUCACCCCGAACAACGAAGCGGGGGGGAAUUACCUGCACAAGAAAGAAGCGUUCGCGGACGAGCGGAACGAAAGCUACAACGUGUGCGUGACGAGCGAAAAGAACAAAAUGCAGCCGCUAAUCAGCAACUACGAAGAUUUGUUUUCGUUCGAUAAGAACAUAAAAAAAAAAAACGACAUCAAGAACAUCGUGUGUGUGUGUCAGGCGAGCAAGCAAAUGGCUCGACUGCAGCUGCACAUGGAGGAGGGGAGACAGAUGCUCGAAACGGAAAAAAACCUUUUCAAAAAAAAAAAAGACAACUUUGAAAAGAAAGUAGAAAUGCUAGCAGAGAAGGAAAAAGAAAUAGACAAGAUACAUUCCCAAAUUAAGGAAAAAGAAAUAACGAUUGAUAAGAAGAAAAACGAAAUUGAGGAGAAGGAAAAAUACGUCAACUCGAUAAAGAGCAAAUAUGACAAUGCGCAGAAGGAGUUGCUAGAAAAAAUGAACGAAUGCAUCACCAUCGAAAAUAAGUGUAAGAGCAAGCUGUACGAAUAUGAUGAGAAGUUCGGGCUGUUUAACAAAAAAAUUAAAGAAAUGGAAGAGAGGGAGAGGGAAAUUGAAAAUGAGAGGAAAAAUAUUGAGAGAAAGGAAAAGAUCCUAAGCAAUGAUAAAAAAGAAUUGGAAGAGGAAAAAAUGCUCAACAUGAAGGAGAAAAACGAGCUGGAAAUGCUGAAGAAGGAACUGGACUCUCUCGAAAAGGAGAAGAAAAAAAUAAUCGAAUGUGAGUACAGCAAUUUGCAAAAUAAGGAAGAGGAGCUGAGGCGAAAUGAGCGAAGCAACCUCAUUAAGGAGAACGAAUUGAAGAGCAGAAUUGAUAAGUACAACGAGCUAAUCGAUGAGCUUAACAAAAGCAAAAAGGAAUUAGAAAAUGAGAGGAUCAAAAUGAUGGACCAAUUGGAGAAUGAAAAAAUGAAACUCGCAAAUGAAAGAAAACACUUGGAGGUGGAGAGAGAAAAUGAAAGAAGCUACAUGAAGGAGGAGCUGAACAAGGAAAGGAUGCUCAUGGUGGAGGAUGUAGACAAGAUGAAAAUGAUCAUGAUGGAGGAUAUGGAAAGGACAAAAAAUGCCAUGCUAGAUAACGUAGAAAAGGAAAACAAACGGAUGAGGGAGGAUGUAGAAAAUGAAAGGAGAGCCAUGCUAAAAGGUAUGGAGGAGGAUAAGGACAAGUUCAAAGCUUACGUCGAAAAGAAGUGCAAAGAAAAUUUAGAAAAUGAAAAAGUAGCGCUGGAAAAGAAAUACAAUGAGGAAGCCAACAAACUGCAAAACGAAGUUGCAAAUGAGAGGAAAAAACUGCUCAAAGAUAGGGACUCCUUCGAGCAGCAGAAAAAGAUAUACGAGGAGGAAUUCCGCUCAAAGUGCGAGAAGUACGAAGAGAGCAUACAGAAAAAGUACGAACAGCUGGAUGAGGAGAGAAGCAAAAUGAAGUACCUCAUCAUGAAGGAGCAGGAAGAGCUGGAGAACUUCAAAAAGAGGGUGUACCUUGACAUCGAGGAGGAGAAAGACAAGCUCUACGUGCAGCAAGAAAAGCUAAAUCUGGAAAAGGAAAAUUUACAAGUGGAGAAGGAACAAAUCGAAAUUGAGCUGAAAAAUUAUAAAAACUUCAAAGAAAAGGAAGAAAAUGAUAUAAAAAUUAGAAUAAUUAACUUAUCGCAACAGCAGGAAGAUCUGAACAAGGAAAAGGAAAGCAUCGAGAAGGAGAAGGAAGAAAUGGAGAAGAGGAGAUUCGACCUAGACGAGAGAGAGCAAAGUCUACAUAAUGACAAACUGCAGGUAGAGGAGUCGCGAAAAAUAUUUGAUGAGCAAUUAGAAAAAAUUAAAAAGAAUAAGGAAGAACUGCUAAACUAUGAUAAGGACUUGAAAACGAAAGAAAUCAACCUCAUCGAAAAGGAAAAGGAGCAGAAAAAAAACGAAGACGAGCUGCAUAAGAAGAAGGAGCAGCUGAACGAGUUUGACAGCGAUUUGAAGCAGUACAGUGGUAAGCUACAGGGGAGAGAAAAAAAACUGAAGGAAAAAAAAAACGAACUACAAAAGGUUAAGGACCAGUUAGUCAAUUAUAAAAAUAGCUUGAAGCAAAAGGAGGUGCAAUUCCAAAUGAUCGAGAAGAAAGAAAAGGAGCUCAUCGACGAGCAGACAGUCAUUCAGAUAGAUAGGAACAGCCUGGAAGCGGAGAAAAAGCAGUUCUUACUCAUGAAGGAGAAGCACGACAAGGAUACCGAGUUCAUACAAGAGCAGCUAAAGCUCUUACAUGAACAGUUGAAGAAUAAGGAAAAAUCGCUCAAGGAAAAAGAAAACGAGAUUAACCUGCUGAAUAAGCUGCAGAACUGCCGAAGUAAGAGCGGAAAGGGGGCCAUCAUAUCUCUCAAAAAUUUAGAGAACAGGAAGCUCAGCUCGAAUUUGUCCAGAGCCAGCAACUCCAAGAACAGAGUCAAGGUGAAAGUUAUUGGCAAGAACAGGCUAGACCUCAUCCGAAGGAGAAACAGAAAGAAAAGCAUCAAUUUUAAUUACAACAAUUUAGAAAUUAAUAAUAGCAUUCAGUACAUUGACAGCAUGAUAAAUGAGAACUUCAAGAACAAGCCCUUUUUGAAAUAUAAAAACGGCAACGGUUUGGGGCUGUCGGAGGAGUUUCACCCCGCCGACCGGGUGGGCAACAGUGACGCAAGGAUCGAUGCAGCGGGGAAAGCGGGGAAAGCGGGGAAAGCGGGGAAAGCGGGGAAAGCGGCGAAAGAGGGGAGAGAUGCGAAAAACGCGAAAGAUGCGAAAGAUGCGAAGCAUGGGGGGUUAAAUAGGACGGCCACGUACGACAGCAGUGCUCCCCAGGUGGACGCCUCGUACAGUCAUAUUCACGAGAAAGGGGGCGGCAACGUGUCUACCUACGGUAGAAAGCACACAGCCGAUUAUUCGCUAACCUCCGACGGGGCACACUACUCGGAGAGGAACAACAACUCCAGUAAGAACCACCACCCGGGUAGCGUCCCCCUCAUGGGCAACGCAGGUACCAAAUCGAGAGGCAACUUUGAAAAGGAGCCCUUCCACCAAGUGGGUAAUUUCGGCUUGAAUGGCGACCACCGGGUGGUGAACAGCAACGAUAUGCCUGGCAAUGUUGCCGACGAUUUGACGAACGAGAUGGAUAGCCGUGCAAACGAGUAUGCAGAGAACGCUGAUGCGAACAAGGACUACUUUGGUGGCCCAGGCAACAGGCAUUAUAAAAAGGACUCGGGGAAGGUGGAGGCGCAGAGCUACGCGUCCCAGGAGGGGAGAAGCGGCAGCAGCGCGGCGGGGAAGGGCAGUUACGAUUACAACUACGGCUACGGUGAGGAGGGGCGGCACGAGGGGCGGCACGAGGGGCGGCACGAGAGGCAGCAUGAGAGGCAGCACGAGGGGCAGCACGAGGGGCAGCGCAGCGCCUUCGGCGACGGUCACGACGAUCGGGACAAUCGGGACAAUCGCGACGCUCGCUAUCCUCGGAACAACCGGAACAGCCACACCAGCUACAACAUUAACAACCUGAGCACGAACAUCAAGAUGGGCAACAGCAACUUGACGUUCGCCUCAAACUUGAAGAGCGCCUCGAGGAUGAAUUUCAAGGAGCACCCACUCCAAGAGCAGGGCGAACACAUGCUGGCCUCCCUAAACGUCAACAAUUUAAUAGAGUCAGAUUUGAUAGAAGUGAAAAGUAACUACGGGAACUUCUCAAACAAGCAGAAUGGUAAGUACGAUGGAGAUUUGCUGCUAACGAAUUAUGAGCAAAGAGACACCAACGUGAUGAUGAUGGGGGAGGAGGAGGAGGAAGAGGAAGGGGAGGACUAUCGCGGUUAUGUGGAGACUAAAGAACCCAAGCAGGACGUCCAACGGAUUGAUACCAUUAACAAAAAUAUCAGCACCAUUAACGAUGACGUGGACCACAUAAACAGCAACAUUAAUAACAUCAAUGACAAUUUGCAUAAAAUUAACAGCCAUGUGCAUGGGGGCGAGGACCUACCGAGGGGGUUCCCCCCAACAGGGAAAGGCAGCGACCGGGUCGGCAAGAAUAGGGGCAGAAAUGGGAAGGCGAAUGGGAGUGGAAGUGGAAAUGCGGGCGGAAAUGCCGGCGUUGGUGGGAAAAAUUUAGUCCCCCUCAACCAGAUAGACAACCUCGUGAACAGGAACAUGCAGUCCAUAAACCACAUGUCCAGCCUAAUGCAAAGUGGGAAGAAGAUGAAGGCGCCGCUGCACAAGCAGGCGGACCAUCGAGCCACCGCGGACCAUCGAAGCACCGCGGACAAUCGAGCCAUCGCGGACCCCCGGGACAACUUCCUCAACUACAACGAACAAAACGACUCGAUAAAAAAGGAGAGCAGUUUUAACGAAUUUCUGGAGGACGUAACGUCUGACAAGUACUACGGCAAUGCCGGCAAGGGGGCCGCCGAAAAGGAAAGUGAAGAUUUCUAUCAUAACAUGGAGAAAUCGCUAAACAGUAGAAAUAUAAAUGAUUCGUAUGAUUAUAAAAGUUUGGGGAAGCCAGGCGGGGGUGGUGGGUACGAGGAGGACUACACCCACGAGUAUGCAGGUGGCACAUACAGCAGCGGUUACGACGCUACGAAUCGCCCCUUGCAGACAUCCCCCCAAAAGAAGGCCAACGUAAAGAUGAUGCCAGACAACGGCUACAGCAGUGACAGCAACGUGCUGAGGGGAAAUAACUUCGCCUCAAGUGAAGAAAAUUGCAGAAGACUCAAUUCGAAUUCCAUCGCCCAAAGAAAUGGAAGCAGCUUCAAGACGAGGAACAACAGCAGCAACGUCUACUAUGACAACGACCAGAAUGCACCCCCAAGCUACAGGAAUGAUAUGACGCACAACAUGCGGAGUAAGAAGCAGGAAUUCUACGAAGACAGCUUUGCUUUAAACGCAAAUGAGCAGAAGCACCCCUUUUAUGAUAAAAGCGGUAAACCUCUCGAUCAGGGGGGGACCCCUGCUGGUCGGGAAGCUGGCCCGGGUGAGAACAAGGGAAACGCUGCCUACAUGAGAAGGCCGGACGGAGACGUCAACGUUAACGUUAACGCGAAUGUGAAUGCCAAUGCAAACGCUCACAUGGGUAAGCACCCCAGCGCGAACCGGAACGUGCACAGGAGCGCGAGCAAUAAUGCGAAGGGAAUUGCGAAGGGAGGUGCGAAUGGCGGUGCGAACGGCGGCGCGAACAAGAACGCCAACCUGGUGGGGAUAAAGGGAUUCAUGAAGGGCAUGCAGAAUGGGCGCGAGCUCGGCACCGCGGGCGGCGGCGGCAACAGCAUAAUCGAGCAGCUCGACAAAACCCUGCUGAACAAGUCCAUCAUGAUGAACAAGGCCAAAAAGAAGUGA